UUGAGUGAUCAUUACUCGGGCGUGUCUUCUCACACUCAAUCACAAAGUCAUUCGUUCAUGUGUGGGGUGGGUGUUUGGUAGAGUUAGUUUUUUUUUUUUUUCUCCCUUUCUUCAAACUAUAAGUUCCAGACGGAGGCGUUGUGUGACGUAAACAAAGAGAAGAAGAUGCACUAUUACAGAUAUGAAAAUGCAGAGGUCAGCUGUUGCUACAAAUACCUCAUGUUCAGCUACAACAUUAUCUUUUGGUUAGCUGGAACAGCAUUCAUUGCAAUUGGCUUCUGGGCCUGGAGUGAAAAGGGUGUUUUAUCAGAUCUGACACAAGUCACACGUCUACAUGGUUUUGACCCAGUUUGGGGAGUGCUUGUUGUAGGCACAGUCACUUUCGUUUUGGGAUUUGCUGGGUGUGUCGGAGCACUCCGGGAAAACAUCUGCCUCCUUAAAUUUUUCUCUGGAGUUAUUGGCUUCAUCUUCUUCCUGGAGCUGACGGCUGCGGUAUUGGCAUUUGUGUUCCAGGGCCAAGUUAGGGAGUGGGUCAACGAAUUCUUCUUGGCCAAUGUGAAGGCUUACAGGGAAGACAUUGACCUGCAGAAUCUGAUAGACUCUCUCCAGAAGCUGAAUCAUUGCUGUGGAGCUAAAGACCCCAACGACUGGAAUCUGAAUGUGUAUUUUAACUGCUCAGACAGUAACCUCAGCAGAGAGAGAUGUGGAGUGCCUUUUUCCUGCUGCAUCAGCGACCCUGCUGAUACAGUGGUGAACACGCAGUGUGGAUAUGAUGUUAGAUCAGGCACAACGUCUAAAUGGAGCAACACCAUUUAUGUCAAAGGAUGCAUAAUAGCUUUAGAGGAGUGGCUUCCACGCAAUCUGUACAUUGUAGCUGGAGUCUUCAUAGUCAUAUCAUUGCUACAGAUGGUGGGAAUCUUCUUGGCAAGGACACUGAUUGGAGACAUUGAAAAAGUCAAGUUUAAUUAUUACUGAGCUCAUGUAACUGGAAGCAAGCAAAAGGCAAUGUAUGGAACAAUAUGUGGACCUCCAGUUAUUCUUCUGCAUCUUUUUUGUGGAGGUCAAGAACAUUUGUGGAGAAGAGGACUCUGGACCAUUCACUGGACCACUUUUUCAGCAUUUCUAAAGGCCACAUAUUGAAUACGCAGCUGCCUAAGUUCAUUUGGAUACUGUCACAUGUGUGCCUUCUAUCUUCAAGUUUACCUCCAGCCCACUCACGUUGUUUUUGUUUGUUUGUUUGUUUGUUUUUUUAAUAGGACCACCAUUAACAUUUUGUAAUUUUGGGACCACUAUUAACCAAGCUUGAUAUACAUAAUGGCCACAGGGUGUAACCGUAACCUAUUAACUAACCUGAAAUGUAAUUCUAAUAAUGAGAAGUAGCAGCCUAUAGUCAACCAAUCUUUAAUUAUUGAAAUGUAUCAGUAUGGUCCGCUUACACAUACUCCAAAAUCUUACGUGUACUUGUUUUUUUCAGUUAGUCCAAAAGCACAAACUGCGAUGUCUUUUUGAAGCAUGUUUAUUUUUCCGUAGAUACAAACAUGCUAAUGAUGAUUUAAAAAAAAAAAAAAAAUUAACUGGCCUAAAUGUAAUUAAAAAGAACAAUUGUAAAGCAGUUUUAAUGGCAGUAAAUACAUAUCUCUUUUCUUAGUUCACUGAGUUUAGUUAUUUUUGUAACUAUUCAUAUUUAUGCAGACAGAAGGUCUGUGUUUAAUGUUAACUGCAAAGAGUGCAGAAGAAAUAUGUCAAGAUCUGAUCAGACUCAUGUGCAAACAGAACGUAUUAAGAAUGCAGUUGGGUAGAAAUCAAAUACCAGCGAGUCUAGAAGAGAAGGGAGCUGAUCUUAUCUUACGUCGUACAGGUGCAUCAGUAUGCGUCCUGUAUUUUUACGCAUUUAUGCUAUUUUUCUAUUGUUAAUGAUCAUUGUAACAGAUUGUCUCACAUUUGAAUUUGAUCAUUUCCUACUGGACCUGUGCAGACCUUAAGGAGUCACUGGAGUUUGAUGGAAAUCACCAUAUGGUUUCUAAUACUGAUGUCAACAUUGCCUUUGAGAUGCCAACACUUACCUCCUUUUUUCUAUUCUUACCUGAUGACUUUAUACAAAAAAUCAGGUUGUGCCUUUUCUCUGGCAUUGAAGGUUUCAUAAAAUGUAUUGUACCGUGUGUUAACUAGAGGUUUUUUUGACAGGCAUUAGUCAUUACACACACAAUAAUGUUUACUUGAUAAUUGUACAGGUAUUCUCAUUUGAAAACUGAACUGCUAUUAUAGCACACAUCUGUAAUAUUAAGUCUUCACACUUGAAUUAGCCAAAACACAAUAUGCAUUCUGACAUAAAUGCAAACAUCUGCCUGCCUUCACUCUUCUCUAGCCCAAAGACUUUUACUGCUAGCUUUCCUUUUCAUAGUUCCAUAUAAUUUACUUGUAUAAUAUGACCUCUGAAAUUCUCAUGAAUGCAAAAAAAGGAAAUUGUAAAAAGAAAAAAAAAAGCAUUUAGUUAAUCUUUUCAAUUCAGAGUGCACUAUUUUGUCCCUUUUUUUGGAGUGUCUGUGCCAUUGUGUAGUGUUAAAGCUUGGUAGAGUAUUUACUGAAAUGCAGUAGUUUCCAUGAUCUUACUGCAAGAGCCUCUUUUUUUUUUUUUUUUUUUUUUUUAAUGAAGGGAUGUUUGUUUUGUUGGAUUUGUCAUUCGAAUGUGUCUUGUCUUUGUAAAUAUUUUAAGAAUUCUUUUCAUUGUUUUAUAUUCAUUAAAAAGUUUGCUAGUUA